AUGUUUGGUACCAUGUUCCUUUCUUUGUGUUGGUCGUGGGUGAAGCAGAGAUUCGGGUCGAGAAUAUCGGAGUGGUGGAGAAGCAAGACACGCGGCCCAGCCCCAUCUCCAGUACUCAUCGGCUUGGAAGACAUAGUCAACAGAAUUAGGCCUGCGAGGUGGUGGUCUCCCUCUCCCCCUGAGCUGUCGCUUCACGAAGACGGGCAACAGCCCGAUCCUUUCUUACGACAGGAUGAGCAGCAAGUCGGAAGAGUGCGCAGAGCGAUCCCGCCAGCAAAUAUGAUUCGAGAGGUAACGUUGCCGACUGUUCGCCCAUCGAGCGACUCGGCAAGGUCAGCCCCGGCUGCUACACCUACGUUGCCGACUGUUCGCACGUCGAGCGAUUCAGUAAAGUCGGCCCCGGGUGCUAUAUCUCCUCAAGAGAUGCCGAGUACAGAUGCCGACUGCAAUCCACCAAGGACGCUGAGUACAACUCUUGGCAGCAUUCCAACGGAGUUGACUCUCGAAGUAACGAGGAAUUCAACACCGCCGAAUCUAGAGGUCGUGAGCACUCUUACACUGCCGAAUUCAGAUGCCGUGAGCACUUCGACAUACCCCGAUUCAGAUGCCGUGAGCAUUUCGACAUACCCCGAUACAGAUGAUUUGAGCACUUUGACACUGCCGAAUUCAGAAGCCGUGAAAGCUCUGGCACAGACAAAGCCCGAUCCAGAGGCCGUGAGCUCUCUAACACAGCCAUCUUUGGAGACCCCAGAUAGCCCAACACUGCCGACGGUGCCUAUGGCGGAAAGCAAAAAUGUCGAAGACGGACCGGCAUGA